AGACGGCUUCUACUGCGCAGUUAGUCUCAACAAUUCGCGAUCGAAGGAUCGUCGUCAACUUUACAGUGACAAUAUUCUUAUUGCGCACCUUGAUAAAUAAUUUUACGUAGUGCCAAUCGAACAUUUGUAUUGUUUUGAAGGACGUGAGUGACUUCUGGUAAUAAAAAGAAAUCAUGGCCCUGAUAUCACGGGAUAUAUUUCGUAAUUGGUGGGAUGAUAUGGAACGCUGGCACCGCGAGGUGGAGGAUAAUUUUGGACAAUUAAAUUUGCGGCACAAUGAUAUCUGGAGAUCACCAUCCCCGUUGUUCCGUCCGUGGCGUGACUUAUUCGAAAACAUGGAUCGCCAAGUGGGUGGUGCGGCGACGGUCGCGCACGACAAUGAUAAGUAUCAGGUGAUCGUGGACGUGCAGCAAUUCGCGCCGGAGGAGAUCACCGUACGCACUGACGAUAAAUGCAUCACCGUCGAGGGCAAACACGAGGAGAGGAAGGACAGUCACGGCUACGUCUCGCGUCAGUUCGUGCGCCGCUACGUAUUGCCCAAAGGCUACGAUAUCGGUCAUGUGAAACCCAGUCUAUCAUCUGACGGUAUUCUAACCAUUACGGCUCCUAGACUGGCACUCCCGGCGCCGGGUGAGCGAAUCGUGCCAGUUGAACGAAGCAACAAGCCGGCUAUCAAUGCUGCGUAAAUGCAUUGAUAAAAGCUUAUGGAUAACGCAAAAUUGUUCCAGUCUUUCAAAUAUUGUUUAAAUAUUCGAACCAUUUUGUUAAGAUUUAUGUUUACUCUGAAUUAUUUCAUUGUCUAUGUAGUAAUCGAUACCUAUAAAAAUAAAACAGAGAAUCAAUUAAA